CUUACCUACAUUUUCGCCGUCUGAUCUUAUUUAUCCUUUCUCUACAAUUAACAAUUUAAUCCAAUUAUCAAUGGAAAUUGGGUAUCCGUUGUUAGUUAAGAGUGAGUCCACGUGCAUAUGCCACCAACCCAAUCGCUGCCUGCAAUUCGUCGCAGCUGAGCUCCGCGAUGACGUCAUCUUCCUCCUCCCCGUCGUUCGUAUCGCGUUUCUGCUCCUCGGCGCUUCGCUCCAAGCCUCUCUCGCCGCCUACCGACACCACCGUUCAUACAACCUCCCCCCAAGGCCUCGUUCGCCGCCUAGGCGUCUUCGAUUUGAUUCUACUCGGCAUCGGCGCUUCUAUAGGCGCCGGAAUAUUCGUUGUCACCGGAACCGUUGCUCGCGAUGCUGGUCCUGGAGUUACGAUUAGUUUCAUCAUAGCAGGGGCAUCUUGUGUGCUCAAUGCGCUCUGCUAUGCUGAAUUAGCUUCUCGCUUUCCAGCUGUUGUUGGGGGAGCAUAUCUUUAUACAUACUCAGCAUUCAACGAGCUUACAGCUUUUCUUGUGUUUGCUCAGUUGAUGCUUGACUAUCAUAUUGGGGCUGCUAGCAUAGCUCGUAGCCUAGCAAGCUAUGUAGUUACCGUUCUAGAGCUGAUUCCCUUCAUCCAGGGUAACAUUCCUAGCUGGGUUGGGCAUGGAGAAGAAGUUUUUGGAGCUUUAUCUAUUAAUGUAUUAGCUCCUAUCCUCCUCGUGCUUCUGACGGUAGUCUUGUGUCGGGGUGUUGGAGAGUCCUCAGUGCUGAAUUCAAUCAUGACAGUGACAAAGGUUCUCAUUGUUAUGUUUAUCAUCAUUGUUGGAGCAUUUGAGGUUGAUGUCUCAAAUUGGACUCCUUUUGCCCCAAAUGGUGUGCAGUCAAUAUUGACUGGAUCAACAGUGGUCUUUUUUUCUUAUGUUGGAUUUGAUGCAGUUGCUAAUUCUGCUGAAGAAUCCAAGAGACCCCAGAGAGAUUUACCUCUUGGCAUAAUUGGUAGUCUCCUGGUCUGUGUUGUAUUGUACGUUGGUGUUUGCUUAGUGAUUACUGGAAUGGUCCCAUACCAAUUUCUUGGGGAUGAUGCUCCCUUGGCAGAAGCUUUUACUUCAAAGGGAUUGCAAUAUGUAUCUGUGUUAAUCAGCAUUGGUGCUGUUGCUGGACUCACAACGACGCUUCUGGUUGGGCUUUAUGUUCAGUCACGGUUAUAUCUUGGACUUGGAAGGGAUGGUUUACUACCUGCAAUAUUUGCGAAAGUACACCCAACACGACAUACCCCAAUUCAUUCUCAAGUGUGGGUUGGUCUAGUUUCCAUCAUCUUGUCCGGACUGCUAAACGUGGAAGUGCUCUCGCAUAUUCUAUCAGUUGGAACCUUGACGGGUUAUUCAGUAGUUUCAGCAUGUGUGGUAACCCUUCGCUGGACGGAUAAGAGGUCAAGUGAGGUCACUAGCAAGGGGAUUUCUAGGAGGGGAGAAGGCAUCAUCUGUCUCUGCACACUUGCCUGCUGUGGUUUUGCUUCUGGUGCCCUCUUCCGUUUCCAAGCUUCAUUUGUUUUUAUAAUUCUAGGUGGUGUAGUCGCUGUGUUUUGUGGUGCAGCUCUCUAUCUACGACAAGUGUACAAAGAUCCACCGGGUUUUUCAUGUCCCGGGGUUCCAAUUGUUCCGUGUGUUAGCAUCUUCGUCAACAUGUUUUUAUUCGCUCAGCUGCACUACGAGGCAUGGGUGAGAUUUAUAGUGCUGGGCAUAAUUACAGUGGGUAUUUAUGCAUUUUACGGUCAGUAUAAUGCAGAUCCUCUAAAUUCUACUGCCACUACUGUUUACCACAGGGCAGCCACUGAAGAAGCACCAUAGCUCUACUUAUUUCCAUUUCUUGAUCAUUUCAAGAUUUCCAAUUCCUAUUAUCUAUUCCAUGUAUUCAACUAAUAAAUUGUGUUUCAAUCCUUAAUUGGAGGUUUUAUAGUAUUCAUAUGGUUGUCUUGUUAUUAGACAACGGUCGAAUCCCCCUCAUGUCAUGUGCUUGGCAAUUUAAGGCAGCACAUAAGGCCUUCAAAUUGAUUGAGGAUGGGAAGAUUCGCUACCAAAUUCCAUUUGAUAUUAGUUGUCCAGCAACAUUUCCCAGGGAAGUCUCGACCAGUCAAUAAAACCAUUAUCAGUCAAAUGCUUUGCUAAAGGCACCUGUAUCUACGUCUUGAAUGCCUGAUAUCCUAAGCUUUCAAAUUGCAAUGCCAUUACAGCUGAUCUUCUCACAGAAAUCUAGCUCAAUUAAUCUGAAUGCACUCUAGUGCUUCAUGUCGAGCUGCAAGCACACUUAGUGUUGCAUCAGUCAUGCUUCAUCUUCCAUAAAUUCUUAGCUUGAAGAGCUAUCUAUAUAUAAUAGCAACAUGAAGACUCGGGAACUCGAGAACGAAGCUUCUGAAGAUUCACACACAUUAGAGAGAGUGAUGAAGCUGCAGCAGAGCACCUCUUUCACAUCCGAAGUUGUCGUUUCUUCAAUCUCAGGGACAUCCACUUUCUCUUCUCUCUAUAUGCCCCUCUUCCUCCGCACGCUCCGCUUUACCCUAGGUAUAAAAUGCAUGAACGUUUUGUAGUAGUACUAUCAUAAUUAGAUCAUUUGUAAACAUCCCAACUGUUAAUUCAAACUUAAAAAUUCAAUUAAA